AUGGCGCCCGUUCUGAGAUCGCGCGCCUUCGAUGGCGGCCGUCCCAAUCUCGACGCCGUGAGUAUCAUAUACGUCGCGUUGGCCAUCGUCUACACCAUCAUCGUAUCCGCUGAGCUGUUCUACCUCUAUCGCCAGCGCUCAGCCUUCUGCGUGAGGAUACGAAACAUCAAAGUCGUCUUCGCCGCCGUCUCUUCGCUGCACAUCUACCUCAUCCUAGUGCUUCUUGUUUACCCUCUCAACGGCUCAUGGCCAUGUGCUGCUGAGUUCUGGGUCAUGUCGAUUUUCUUACCCGCCGGAAUGGCUCUGUUCCAAGCGUGUAAUGCCAGAGUGCUCAAGGCAUACGAAAGCCAGAGCCGCCUGCAGACAAACUUUCUGGCAAGCGCCCGGAGGAAGAGAUUUUCCUGUACGCCUCGAGGCUUGUACGACGCUUGGCUCGGUCUCGACGCGGCAGCAAAGGUCUACUUCGGAAGCGUGCUCGGUCUCCUCAUCACAAUGAUACCCGCACUAGUGUUGUUCCUGGCCUCCCGUCGCUUCCACGGCGCCUAUGGAAUCUUCGGCCCCAUCGUAGAUGCAGUCCAAUGUCGCAAGGGCGGCGAAUGGAUUCCCUCUAUUCUCGUCCAGCUUUUCUGGACCGUCAUUGUGGGACCAUGGAUCCUCUGGAGGAUUCGCAAGGUCAAUGAUGUGCAUUACUGGGCAUGGCAGACCAGGCUUGCCAUCGUUGCAGGAUUACCUGGAACACCACUAUGGUUGGCAUUUACGUAUUCCAGGAUUCCCAGCAUGAUGGCCAUGAACAAGUACUUCGUACCAGCUGGAUGGUUUAUGCCAUCUCUUAUUGUCUGUCAGCAAGUCUUGAUCGUCAUCCCGCUCCGAGAAGCAUUCCGCACGACCUCCCGUCGAUCAUCCAUCUCUUCAACAACCACAGCCGAGUCGCUUGCAUCGACCGAAUCGUCAUGGUCGAAGCGGUCACCCCAGAUCAUCAUAAGCAAAGAGCUCAAACCAAAAGCAUCGAUGCAGGCCCUGGAAUUCAGCAUCGAGCACAGUAUCGAGCCUCUGAUCUCCUGGGCGGCGUCUCGAGAAUUUACUGCCGAGAACACGAUCUUUCUGCGCGAGGUGCGAAAUUUCAAGAAGAAGUGGUCCGAAUUGCGUACGGUCACGACCGCGCAACGGCGACAGAUGUUCACAGAGGCCUCUCUGAUCUUUUUCACCCUCAUCAAUCCAUUCACGGCCGAGACGCCGAUCAACAUUGAGUACAAAAUCUUCCGAACGCUGCAGCGGACGUUUGCGAAUGUCGAGUAUGAUCCGUAUAUGCCUGGCGAUCCUGGCACCUCGCCCCAAUCGCCGACCCCCAGAGAGAACGUUGUUUGUCCCUGGGAGGACGUGCUGAAUCGUCCGACGAGCUAUAGUUCGACGAAUAGUGCUUCGAGUAGCGCGAGCACGAAGAGCAUCGUUCCAAGCGAGUUCACCGACGAGAUAUUCGAUGCCGCCUUCGAAAGCAUCAAAUAUCUUGUCUUCACCAACACCUGGCCUAGGUAUGUCGAGGCCGAAUUGGCGAAGGACAUUGUGCCCUCGCCGUGAAAAGAGAUGAUGGAAACCGUUCAGUGAGGAACGGCAGGUGGAGCGACAGCAACAUUUUAUUCGCAGUUGGGGAUUCAUUAGACAUCUGGAUAUGCCUCUUCCCUCUAAUACUCUACCUUUCAGGCCCUCUCCUACUGGCUAUUAGGCUGGCACGAGAUUCCCGACAGGCUAUUCCGGAACCGGUUUUUGGGGUUCAACUUGUUAUGGUAGCUAUCGGUCUUGUUCAUACACUCAUCACUUCGGCAUGGCAUUUUCCAGGCCAUCCAUUCCUAGGCAGAAUGAUCGCGGCUGCUCUUCUCAAUGCGGCAGCUGCAGCAGCUGAUAUCAGCCACUUCCUUACCUUCUUCCGCUCUUUAGACGGGUGCGC